AUGACAACUGCAAAGGAGACUCAAGCGACACUGCCCCUACGAUGGCAACGCUGCAUCAACAGACUGAACGCCACGCUAGUGCGCCGCGGCUUGUUCACAGUCAUAGAGGAAGUGCUCUCUCCUGCCACACCCACAUUCGACCAGGCAAUUCUACAGGGACGCAAAGCUUUGAAAGCCUCACUCGGGGACCGAAAGCAGAGUGAUGGUAUAACAGUUCCCGUGUGGGCGUACAUACUCCUCGAUAGCAAUGGAAGUGAGCCAUCGAUCGUGUUUCGCGACGAGGUGCAGGUUCAUUCGAACGGCGCGGAAACGGCUCAACUAUAUCCGCGAUCUGCUUCGUCGUUAUUGCGAAAAGCGAAUCAUCUCAAAUCACCGUUCUGUCUCCUACAUCAAGAAACAGACGAAGGUGUCAAGGAUGGGCGCGGUAUGAUUUGCGCAGUCAUCGCCUACUACGCGCUGAUAGCAGGGUUGAGCAACUGUGCCAUCCGAUGGCGUCGAUUUGACGCCUGUAUGAUUGCCGCCCUGGAUUAUAUCAACAUUACCCUGGAAUGGAUGAGCAAAAUACAGCAUGAGCCGACGCCCAGCACAGCGACAGCCAUAAAACCAUCACUCAUCGUGAGACUUCCGAUAGGUCGUGAGGCUCUUGCAAAGAUAACUGGAGUUUCCCAUGACUUCGAAGUUCCAGACAGCGAAGACGAAGAGGAUAUCAUGCUUCCCGAUGAAGACAUCCAAGAGCAGCCAGAUAUCCCAAGCGCCACGCACCAACCCGCAGUCCUCGUUCUAGAAGAGAUACCAGACACCAUCGACAGCGUCUUCGGAGACGACGCCGCCAGCGUUGCAGAAGAAGUCGACAGCGUCAUCGGGGAUGCCAACGACAGUAUCAUUGUGGCAAAUAGCAGAUCCCAAGUACACGGAAACGAGCAAGCAGGCUAUUCCUCGUUAACCAUCAGGAAGCGCAAGCUGGAGGAUAUUACGGCAGGAAGCGAUGGCGACGUGGUUGAGGAGAUGGAUGGGCACGGUUGGCGGCAAGCUUCUUGGGGCCGAUCACGAAGGAGGUAG